GCAGCAGUCGCGAACAUGCGCACUGAGUCCCGCGCGCUGCUCCGCCUCGGCGCUGUCAUUCUCCGCGGCGCGGCGGCCAGUGCGGACUGCGGUUCCCGCCCGGCGCGCGGGUGCUGUGACUGCUCCUCCGGGGCGGACUGGUGACUCUGCAGCGCUCUGGAGCCUCUCGUGCGGGGACUCCGUGGUGUCGCAUUCCCUCAGAGAGGGAGACACGCACCCGGAGCUCCGAGCACAGCUCUCAAGGGCUGGCGGCCACGACGGCGUUUGCUCGGGUUCCCGGUGCAGUCCGAGUCUCUGCGGCCGCCCGGUGCGCCCGGGAGAGCGCACCUCCCCCGGCACGGCAGAACCGAGGCGACGAGGAUCAGGAGGGUCCUGCGCCCGCUACCACUGCCCACCGCGGGCCAGCCCGGCUGCGAGCAGCGGAGUUGCAGCGCUUUUUAGAGCUCUGGAGCCCCAGAAGACCUCUGCGAACCAAUACUGAAAUCAAUUGCUAUAGAAAGCUCCUAGGCAGCUGACUCACCCCAGACUGCCAGGGGACAGGAAACUCGACCUGACCGUGGCCUUUAUUAAAACACAGAGCAUUUGAGUCCCUGUGCACUUUAUGGAAUGGACUUUAAAGUUGCUGGCAACCUUUCGUAAGCCUCCAGCUGGCCCAACGAAAUAUAUCAUAUCCACUCUUUAUCUGCAAGCUUCCCCUGUCUUCCUCAAAGGACCAAAGGUGUGAGUGUGUCAGCUCUUGUCACCUGUCCUCCUGCAUAGCCGCCCUGCGUGCUCAGGCUUCUCUGAAUGUAGUCCUCGUGCAUCUGGUCUCCUGUAUUUCUGACUGUCUGUCACUGUUGGCUGCUUCGCCCACCCCAGUCCUUUACCCUGACGUGUACCCGUGCCUCGCCGUCCCAUCUGUGUGGGGUGGGAAACGAUCCUGAAGCAGCACAAGCUGUAAGUCAGGGCAGGAAAGCUGCACAGCGCAGCGCAGUGACUUACUGUUAAAGAGAGGGCCAGUUACUACCACAGCCUCUGUCCUCAGCACCUGACAACCGUACUGAGUAGCCUUAUUAUUUCAUAUGUGACAUCUAAAAAGAGCUGUGUCCCUCUAAUUCACACUUAACCAGCCGCCAGCAGCUUGGCUGUGCAUGCAUCAAGUUUGGUGAAAGUGAUUGAUUUGGAUUUUUCAGAUAUGUAUUUUAGGAGAUAAGCUGUUAGGGAUAAGCCGCUCCAUACAAUUGUCAAAGAAAAGACUCAAUAAAAAUAAAUGAAAAAUACAGGAAUUAAAAAAAAAAAGAAAGAAUGUGGCUUUCCUUCAGGGGCUGGUACUUGGUCUGGGUCCAUGUUCGGGGUUGGGGCAGAUGGAGGUCAUUGCUGAGCUGGGUAGUGGACUGUAAGACAGCAGCUCCGUGAGCUGGGUAGUGGACUGCAAGACACUUUGUGAAGUGUCUUGGUGGCCAGACUUGGUCCUGGGGUGAGUGAGUUCUGGGGCUGGAUUCAGGGCCUCUCGAAUCUGAGGCGCCUGAGCUCUAUCCCAGGGUUCUGCUGGCUUUUUAUUUUGAGACCUAUUUGCUUGGGCUGGCCUUGAAUUCAGUCUGCAGCCCGAGUAAUCCCCUUGCCUUAACCGCAGUAGCUGGGGGGACCAUCCACUACUGCCAGGCCUGGCCCAGGCUGUCGGUUUAGAAUGUUCAACCUGGUGCAUCCACAAAACAAGUGAACUAGGAGACGGAAAAGGGAAGCCAUUAAAGUCUGAGUUCAGACUGGUAAGGGUAUAGACGCUGAGGGCACGGGGCGGGGGUAGAAGCAAGGAGGUGGCGCAGGGACGCUGAAGAGCCUCCCCAGAUGACCUCGCUCAGAUCACUGAAGAGAUAAAAGUUCCAUUGGUGAUGACAGUGAGCACAGAGGGUGGAGCAUUCCACAGGGGAAGGUGACAAGCUGUGGAUUUAUGCCGUGUGAGGCACCAGAGGGACAUCAGAGCCUAGAGAUUCUAUGCAACUGCCAGCUUACAAUUCAAGGCAACCGCUGAGAUGCAGAUGGAGACUUAGCAUCCAUUUGCAGCUUAUUAAGGUGUCCAGUCCACUGAGAUAUCUUGGAUAUAGUAUGACUCUCGCUUGUGUUUAUAAAACGGCCUCACCGUGCUCUAGAUAGUGGAGUACAUGGAAUGGAUGUUGAGGCUGCUGGUCAGCCUGAGAAAACAUGUAGAAUAAAAAAUAAAGUCAAGGCCAGGGUGGCACACAGAAAGAUAAAGGAGAUGGGAUAGAAAGUUAACUGAGAGAAAUUUUUGACAAAAAAAAAAAAAACGACAGAAGCCAGAGGCAGAGCAGGGUGAGGCGCUUGGCUGAGUGUGAGCUGAGGACACAGAAGUGAAACCGGAGGUGCCACAGGGCAGGGUACUCCUCCUCACUGUGUCUGCACCGGAGAUGGGGCGAUUGCCUGGUGGCUUUCAGUUCCCCUCCAUCAGUAUUAAGAGUCUGGAUGGUAGGUAGGAUGCCAUUCAGGAAUGAAGUACGAUCCUGAACUCAGUCUACUAAUGGAGUAUGGACAUCGUGUCGUCUUCUUUUCCUUUAAUUUUCCCCAUCAUGAUCAGAGGAGUGCAGACACUGGCAGAGUGGGAAGGAUGGGAAACACGCCUUCUUAAUGCAUAAAGUGCUCGAUCCUCCGUGCGAGCAGGAGUGCGUGGAUGGGACGUGGACAGCAGCACAAUCCAAGUUCACAAACAACUCUGCUUUCACGUGGCGUGCUGUCAUUAGAAAGGUGGCACUGUGUGCCAGUACUUGCAACACUUGUGACGUGUCUAGCCCAUUGGGCUGUCUGAGGUGUUCUGUAUAUAGCAUGCCAUGACUUUCAUUUGUUUUAUAUUGUAGACAAUGUGGAGUAUUUAUUAACCAUGGAGAUAGUUUCUGUGCUUCCAUUCCUGUCCAUACUCACAUGUGUGAGCCUAUCAACCAGUGGUUCUCAGCCUUCCUAAUUCUGUGAUCCUCUAAUACAGUCUUCAUGUUGUGGUGGCUCUAACUAUAAAGUUAUUGCAUUGCUACUUCAUAACUGCAAUUUUGCUACUGCUAUGAAUCAUAGUGUAAAUUUCUUUGUUUUCAAAUGGUACUAGGCGACUCCUGUGGAAGGGUCCUGCGACACACACCACCCCCAAAAGAGCUGCGCCUCACUGGUUGAGAACUGCUGCUAGAGCAGGAACAUUUUGCAUUUAAGCCAUUGCACUACAUUACAGAAACUGGUAACUUGAAAUAGAGUCCAGAGGAGAGACCCAGCUGCUAAAUGAUUAAGGUUGUCAGACCCAAACUCAGAUGUUCUGGCUUCACAUUGUGGGUUCAGAUGAUUCUAAGGUACUUUUUAUCAUUUGCAACUAAAGGUAAACUUGGAGGAGGAUGGAAUCCUUCGAUGUCUUUUAAAGUUAGUUCACUUAAAGCAUCAGCACUAGAAACUGUUGCUGACUAAAACUCCUCUACUUAAUGGACCACAGGUUAUUUAUGCAAAUAUCUAAUUAAGCUGGGGGAAAGUAGGGGUUUCUUCUAUAAAACAAGCUUUUUUCUAUUAUUGAUGCUGACUUUUUUAGAAAGCUCCUAUCCAUAAAGCCUCGAGGCCUAAUAUUUUAAACUGAAAUUCUUGUACUUAAAUUUGUUCUUUGUGGGAAUAUAUUUCUUAAUAAUUGCAGUUUCUGCUGUGUGUGAGGGCCAUUCAGCAUGUGCAUUUUGUGCUACAAGUAUAUCAGACAAAACCCAGCCAAGUUAGGUUUAAACUAUUGGUUUCCCUUAAUAAUGUUCUUGACUGCUUUGGUCAUAUGAACCAAUAGGCAUAUUUUGGCUUGUGGAAGCAGCUAUUAUGUUACCAAUAUAAGGCUGAAGUCUUACACUGACAUUGUCUUUUUACCUAAGUGCUACAAGAUGAUGCAGUAUAGCUCUAAAGAUGCCUGUUCCACAACUUGUAUUUUGGCUCUGAAUAGUCCAAAUUUUCCUUAAUAUUGUCAUCAAAUCAUAUAUAGAUACAUACAUAUGUGCAGUAAUGCUUGAGUUAGUUGUGAAAUGGAUAUGUACUCUCAUAACCAUUGAAAAAGUUUACAAUGUUGCUUUUUUAUCACACACACACACACACACACACAGUGUAUCCCAAUUGCUAGCUGGCAAUUUGCAGAUGGAAGCACUUCCUAGCAAGUAACAAAGGCCAGUGCUGUCCCCAGAUGUCAGAGUCACUUCUCAUGGGCCAGUUUUACACUCUAGCUUCAGUAGGAAAAUCUAAAGGGGCUGACAUUUCUGUGUCUUCAGUGGAUGGCUCUUUUUCUUUUUUUUAAUUCAUUGGAUGGCAAUUAUUUUUUUUAAUAAUGAGACAUUUGUAAAUUCUGAAAUGUUAAUAAAAAUGCAAGGCAACUAUCUUAGUCUGGUAAUUACUGUCCCACACAGUAGUGUACCAGCCUUAAUCCAUUGCAGUGAGAAAUUACAAUAUAGGCACAUGAAAAUCUAAGUAACAAUGUAGAGCAUCAUGGUACUUUAAAUAUGAUUUUAUUGUACUUUAUAAUAUGUCAAAUGAAGAUUAAUUUGUUCUUUUCAUGCCUGAUGGGUUCCAAUUUCAUCCCAAUGCAAAUAUUGUAAAAGAGAAAGCGGUUAGGCUUCGGUUCUUCAGGUGACUUGCCACCGCCGUAUACUCAUCCACACACAUGAACAGUCAAGCUGGCUUGCCUACUGAUAUUCCAUUAUAGCAUGUACUAUGAGUUUUCACUUCCUAAAAAAGAGUAGCUAUAUUUCUUCUAAGUCCUGUUGGAUUUCAGUCAUACAUUUUUAUGUUCUUUAUACUCGACGUGCUAGAACAUGUCUAAAUUAGCGAUCUAAUUUGAAUACUAUAAUUAUAUGCACAGUUGAGUUUGAGUACAGUGUUUUUGCAUAAUGUGAUGGUCUCUCUUAGUGAAUUUAGGAAUUCCAUGGUUCCAAUUUCAGAGUCCUAAAUCUAUAUACGCUUAUGGAGGGGUUCACAGGACAGAAUGCAAAUACUUUAAGCCUAUUUGAGUUUUAGAAAUUAACAUAUAAACUAUCUACAAUAGCUUUUUUUAUGUAUAAGAAAGUAACAAGAAAUACAGAAUUAAUUAAGAACUAGGUUGGUGUCACAUCUAGUGACUAAAUUUUGCCAUCAGGGUUAAAACUCAUACUUUGUUUUGCUAAAAUGAUAAAUAAAGGUAUAUUUAAGCAAAGUGAUAGCAUGAAUUCUCAUAAAUAAUUGUACAUAUUUAAUAGGGCUAACAUCUUUCUCUGACUUUACUGUACUGGUCAUGUUGGCCAAAAUGCACAUCUUGAGCACAAAUAUUAGCUUUGUGUAAUGUUCAAUGACUAAAGUUGAGUGGCACACUCUGUAAUCCCAGUGCUCUGGAAGCAGAGGCUGGAGAAGCAAUGCAAGUUCAAACCUAGCCUGGUCUACGCAGUUCCAGGACAGCCUUGAGAUCUUGUCUUAAAAACAAACAAACAUGAAACAACACACACACAAGACAAGAGAGAGAGAGAGAGAGAGAGAGAGAGAGAGAGAGAGAGAGAGAGAGGGAGAGAGAGGGAGAGAGAGAACGAACGAACGAGGGCAGGAAGGAGAGAGAGCAUAAAAAUUUAAUGCCUCUAAAGUGGCAUUGGAACCGAAUGCUUUUAGAGUCUUGUUAAAACAGUUCAGCAUCAUCCAGGCUGAGAUGUUAGGAGUGGAGCUGCCAGACACGGCAGCCGGUGAGACCACAGCAGUACACAGUGUUAUCACCCUUACUCUUAAAGCUAACCGUCCCUCCCUCCACACUUCAUAACCUUGCCAACCAGAUGAGUUAUUUGCUAAUAGUAGCAUGUCAAAACCGGAAUUAUUAUGGAUCUUUUCCUUUAAUAAAUAUUCAACAGCAUUUUCAAAGCAGUUAGAUACAAUUCCUAAUAACCAGCGCCAUGCUGGCUGCGGUGUGCACACUCCUCAGACCGCUCAUGGCCACAGGGCAUUGGGCCUUUAGACCCUUUUCUAUGUAUUUUCAAGAGCUCCACAAUCCCUGGGCUGGAAUAAUCCUUUUACUUCUCCACAGUUACAUAUAGAAUAAAGAGAAUUUCUCAUCUUUUCUUCACCUACGACGCCAAGGUCUGUAUUCAGAGAAUCCCUGUUCGUUGUGUUCUCUGUCUACAGUGAUAUCCGUCCGUCUUUUACAAGUAAGAGCCUUCACGUUCCCUACUGUUCAGGAAGACGCAGCACUGACUGUCUUCCUACUUCAGGGCUGUUCAUCUGAAAUGUUAAGAGAGGAUGGUGCUGUUGACGUAGCAAAACGUUGCUCUAUAAGUUGAUAGAGUCUUUCACGUUCUGUUGGAGGUGUACUCUGUGUGCCGCAGUCUGUGCUGACUGAGCAGUGCUCUGGCGUUUAGGAGCGCACAGAAUGGGACAACUCCUGCCACACCGGAGCUGCUCAGUCCCAAGAGGAGCCCUGAGCCUGUCAUAGGGAGUCUCCGGGCUCUCAACUGUCCCUGUCCCUGUCCCUGUCCCUGUCCCUGUCCCUGUCCCUGUCCCUGUCCCUGUCCCUGUCCCUGCCCUUGCCCCUGUCCCUGUCCCUGCCCCUGCCCCUGUCCCUGUCCCUGUCCCUGUCCCUGUCCCUGUCCCUGCAGCCAUGACCGGGCACUUCUGAAUCUCACUUGUCUUUCUCUGUGCUUCACCUUAAAAAAAAAAAAAUCAUCCAAACAUUUCAUUUGGAAUUCUAAUUUUUACCAGUAAAAAUGUAAUUUGUCAUCUUUUCUUCAAAGUCAGUAUCACUUUUUCAUUGCUCAUAUUUACAUACUGUAAGCAGAUUUGGAUAUGUUUAUUAAAGUGAAGGCAUACAGCCAGGAAGAUAUGCCUGUGUGCAGUGCAGCCGUGUUUUAGAGUAGACCAUGAGCCUGCUUUUCAGCUUGUCUCUGAUAUCAGCCCUUCUCCUGAACUCUUCGCCCGGUGAAUCGAUCCAAUAAAAUCAUGUAGAAAUCACGGAGCUGAGGUCAGGCAAGUGCCUGUAUCAUUUGGGGGAACAUCAAAAGAAUCAACACUGGGAACCCUGCCUGUCUGGAGGCGGUGCAAAGGCAACCUCUCCCAAUGCCAGUGUAGCUCAGCUGUUACAUGGGCCAUGACAGUGCUCAUCUUACCACCCAGGGGUGGAGGCCCGGGACAGCUGUGACCUUGAGGCCAGCCUGGUCUACAUAGCAAGUUUCAGACCAGCCAAGGCUACACAGUGAGACAAACAAAAGCCAGCUUUUACAAAGGUAAUGCAAUGCUCCCCCUAAAGAAAAGCAGUCGACUCAGGGAUUGCUAGUUUCUAGAAGUUGUAGUCACUUCUGCACCAAAGUGAAUCAAUAUUUAUAUUUAGCUGCAUAAAGGAAAACCCUAAAGCAGUUCAAGUGAAGUUUUGGAGCAAAUUCAGGUAGAAAAUAAGGUAUCCAGUUUUCAGAAAUGUUUACAUUUCAGCCUUAUGAAGUUUUGUGAGAACCCAAGGGUACUCACUUUCAUUUACCAUCUCCUUGUCCCCUCAUCCCCUCUGCCAUAUCCACAUUUUAGAUGGCCAAGCCACAAUGUUAGCUUUCUAUCAGACUUGAUACAGGGCCAAGUCAGCUCUUUGGGGUAGUGAAUGAAGGCCGGGUUUGGAUACAAUAUGGCCAGCCAGGCUGCGGUUUGUGGUUCCAACUCUUUGUGACAAGCCUGGAUUGUAGCCAUGCUCAGACUAUACCCAGUGUGGCACCCAGUUUGGUUCUGCUGCCUUCAGAUCAAGAUGUAGAACUCUGAGCUCCUUCUCCAGCACCCUGUCUGCCUGCACGCUGCUGUGCUUCCAGCCUUGAUGAUAAUAAGCUAAACCUCUGAAGCUGUAAGCCCACCAUAUGAUAAUGGACUAAACCUCUGUUUGUUUCUUUUUUUUUAAUUAGAUACUUUCUUUGUUACAUUUCAAAUGUUAUCCCCUUUCCUAGUUUCCCCUCUGAAAACCCCCAUCCCCUCCUCCCUCCCCCUGCUCACCAACCCAUCCACUCCUGCUUCCUGGCUCUGACAUUCCCCUAUACUGGGGCAAAGAACCUUCACAGGACCAAGGGCCUCUCCUCCCACUGAUGACUGACUAGGCCAUGUUCUGCUACAUGUGCAGCUAAAGUCAUGAGUCCCACCAUGUGUUUUCUUUGGUUAGUGGUUUAGUCCCAGGGAGCUCUGGGGGGUACUGGUUAGUUCAUAUUGUUCCUCAGCAAACAUCUUCAGCUCUUUGGGUACUUUCUCUAGCUCCUUCAUUGGGGACCCUGUGCUCCGUCCAAUGGAUGGCUAUGAGCAUCCACUUCUGUAUUUGUCAGGCACCUACAGAGCCUCUCAAGAGACAGCUAUAUCAGGCUCCUGUCAGCAAGCUCUUGUUGGAAUCCACAAUAGGUUCUGGGUUUGGUGACUGUAUAUGGGAUGGAUCCAUAGGUAGGGCAGUCUCUGGAUGGUUACUCCUUCAGUCUCUGUUUCACACUUUGUCUCUGUAACUCCUUCCAUGGGUAUUUUGUUUCCCCUUCUAAGAAGUAUCGAAGUAUCCACACUUUAGUCUUCCUUCUUCAGUUUCAUGUUUUUUGGGAAUUGUGUCUUGGGUAUUCUGAGCUUCUGGGCUAAUAUCCACUUAUCGGUGAGUGAAUAUCAUAUAUGUUCUUUUGUUAUUGGGUUACCUCACUCAGGAUGAUAUCCAACAGAUACAUCCAUUUGUCUUCUAAGAAUUUCAUAAAUUCAUUGUUUUCAAUAGCUGAGUAGUACUCCAUUGUGUAAAUGUACGACAUUUUCUGUAUCAAUUCCUCUGUUGAGGGACAUCUGGGUUCUUUCCAGCUUCUGGCUAUUAUAAAUAAGGCUUCUAUAAACAUAGUGGAGCAUGUGUCCUUAUUACAUGUUGGAGCAUCUUCUGGGUAUAUGCCCAGGAGUGGUAGUGCUGGAUCCUUCAGUAGUACUAUGUCCAAUUUUCUAAGGAACUGCCAAACUGAUUUCCAGAGUAGUUGUACCAGCUUGUAAUCCCACCAGCAGUGGAGGAGUGUUCUUCUUUCUCCACAUCCUCUCCAGUACCUGCUGUCAUCUGACUUUUUGAUCUUAGCCAUUCUGACUGGUGUGAGGUGGAAUCUCAGGGUUGUUUUGAUUUGCAUUUCCCUGAUUACUAAGGAUGUUGAACAUUUUUUUAGGUGCUUCUCAGCCAUUCUUCAGUUGAGACUUCUUUGUUUAGCUCUGCACCCCAUUUUUAAUAGGGUUAUUUGGUUUUCUGGAGUCUAACUUCUUGAGUUCUUUUUCUAUAUUGGAUAUUAGCCCUCUAUCGGAUUUAGGAUUGGUAAAUAUCUUUUCCCAAUCUGUUAAUGACCUUUUUGUCUUAUUGACAGUGUCCUUUGCCUUACAGAAGCUUUGCAAUUUUACGAAGUCCCAUUUGUUAAUUCUUGAUCUUACAGCACAAGCCAUUGGUGUUGUUUAGGAAUUUUUUUCCCCUGUGCCCAUAUCUUCAAGGCUCUUCCCCACUUUCUCCUCUAUAAGUUUCAGUGUCUCUGGUUUUAUGUGGAGUUCCUUGAUCCACUUAGACUUGAGCUUUGUACAAGGAGAUAAGAAUGGAUCAAUUCACAUUCUUCUACAUGACAACCUCCAGUUGAGCCAGCACCCUUUGUUGAAAAUGCUGUCUUUUUUCCACUGGAUGGUUUUAGCUCCUUUGUCAAAGGUCAAAUGCCCAUAGGUGUGUGGGUUCAUUUCUGGGUCUUCAAUUCUAUUCUAUUUAUCUACCUUGGACUAACAUCUUAAACUGUAAGCCAGCCCCAGUUAAAUGUUUUCCUUUAUAAGAGUUGCCGUGGCCAGGGUGUCUCUUCACAGCAAUGAAACCCUAAUUAAGACCCUCACCUACUUCAGAAUUGGGGCCUGGAGAGACUGAGAUGAUGAUGAUGAUGAUGACGACGAUGACGAUGAUGAUGUUAAAAGGAUAUCCCGGGAUAUGGCUGGGGAGAGCGCCCAGUUGUGUUUGUUACAUAAGCAUAAGGACCUAGGUUCUGAGUUCAAGCACUCAUGUGAAAAGCCAGGUUAGGGACUCACCUGACAGGCAACAAGAGAGAUCCUUCUUAAUAACUAAAGUGGGAGCAGAAAAGGGAGAUGCCUUAUGUAGACUACAGGCUGCACAUGUACACAUGUGCUCAAGUGAUAAUACACUCAUGGGCAUGUGAGCAUGCCCACACGACACACAUAAUGACUACAUGAAUACUUAACAAUUCAUGAAGAAACUCCAUGGGCAACAUUCCCAGUUUUCAGUCCAGGUAGCCUGGCACAAGGUUGUGGAAUGAGAAAAUAGGCAGUAUAGAAAGGCGUGAAAACUGGGGAAGAGAGUCCACUAGGAAAAGCUUUCUUGUGGUAGAUGAAAGUACUGAGAGCUCAAGAGGCAUCAUGGGAGCUGUAAUGGGAGCUGUGCGGGAUCUCCAUUGCACUCACCUCUCAGGAGGACACUGGCUCAGAGCAAAACACCUAGGCAUGUUCUGAAUUGUCAAGUUCUUCAUUGCCGUGUAAAAUAGUGUGCCUAAUGAUAGCAAAUAAUGAUGAUUAGUCAUUUACUCGUGAACUUCCCAUCUGUGUUCAGUUCCAGAUCCGGGUGGUUUCCUAGGGUAGGCCAGAGCUCAUUUGUUUUGUUUUUGUUUGUUUUGGGUUUUGUUUUGGAACUCCUAUUCCCUCCCCCACCCCCACACCCUGCCCCCAGGAAUAAGGUUUGCUUUUUUUUUUUUUAAAACAAGUAAAUGUAUAUUCUAUCACAGUAAAUAUCCUUGAUAAAAACAUAUUUGAGAUUGUGAGACCCAUUUAUGAAAGAGCCAUGUGUACUAUCACAUCAACAAUAGAGAAAAAGAUAUGCAUUCACAGGAGCGUCUGAGAUGGCUGGCCUGAAUAUUCCUGAAUUGUACAUAUUUCUUUGCUUUCCCACAUUUUCCAUUGUUAAAAAGCUGACAGUCUGUUACACACUAUCUCCUCAUUUAAAUGUGCUCUCCCCGCACUGUCUGUGUUCGCCAUGGUCCUUUGUGUGGUGGUUUUCCAGGAUAGCUACACAUUAGCAUCCCUGGGGAGGCCUACAACUUGCUGACUAGUCCCUACUUAGUCAUUCUGAUUAAAGGGUCCUGCUUUGGGGCCUUGACCUUAAUGGGUUUUUAGGACACAGCUGAUGUUAAUAAGUAGCGAUACUCAAACAUACCUGAAUCGACCAUGUCAAGAGCCAUUGUGAAAAUCAGAGGAAGGCCUCUGUGGUUGAGUGCUUGCCUACCUCGCAGAGGUCCUGUGUGUGCUUUCUAGAACCCAAACCUGGCAGUACACAGUAGAUUCAGCUCUAGCUCAGGAGGGUUCAUCCUGUCUUCUGGCUUCUGUGGACACCGGCACUCAUGUUCACAUACCCACACGGUUACAUAGCUUAAAAAUAAGACCCAGAAAUAGCAACUCAGAGUCCAAGCCUAGUACAAAACAUCGUAUGCCAACCGGGUGCUGAAAUGCUGCUCUUGAAUACCUCUUCUGUGGCCACAGCCUGGUGAGACUGUAGCAGGCUAAAUUCACUGGUUAAAAUGUGUGUUAGAAGCGAUGACUUCCAGGACUGGGCGUGUGGCUCAGUUGGUAGAGUGCUUGUCUACCUCUCAUGAGCUCCUGAGUCCAGUCACCAACAUCAUAUAAACUACAUAGGGUGGCACUUGCCUAUAAUCACAGCACUCAAGAGCUAGAGGAAGGAGGAGGCAUAUUUCAAGGUCAAAUACAUGAUGAGUUGAAGCUAGCCUGUGAUAUUGAGCUCCUAUCUCAAAAGGAAAGGAAAGGGAGGGAGGGAGGAAGGGAGGAAACAAUGUCCUGGUUUGGUGUUUAUCUAAUAACAGAUUGGGACCUAGACUUCAUUAAGUCUCCAGGUAGCUCAUCUCAGCAGAGAUACAAGGGCCAGUCUUCAAGAGAAAAAAAUUAUAUCUGAGGACUGUUUUCUUUCUUUAAUACCUCAUUUGAUUCUCACAUGAACCUCAUGAGAUUCAAAAGAAGCUUAUUUUUUGAAGUUACAGAUUAGGAAGUAGGCUCAGUACAAUUAAACAUCUAGCCCAAGGUCAUGCAGCCAAUGCAUGGUAGGUCUGGCAACUUAGGCCAUUUCACAAAUAGACCCUCAUGUGUGUAAAUGGAAAGAGCAUAGCCAUACAACCCAGGAAACCUCUACAAGCAAGCAGAUGACUGAGAUGACAGAUGCAGAUACCCACAGCCAACCACUGGACUGAGCUUGGGGGAUCCUUAUGGAAGAGUUAGAAGACAGACAGAAGGAACUGAAGGAGAGGGCAACUCCAUAGGAAGAGCAACAGUGCCAACUGAUCAGACCCCUCAGAGCUCCCAGGAACUAAACCACCAACCAAAGAGCAUCCGUGGGCCAGUCCAUGGCUCCUGCUACAUAUGAGCCAAGGACUGCCUGUCUAGCCUCAGUGGGAGGGGAUGCGUUUGGUCCUGUGGAGGCUUGAUGUUCCAGAGAAGGGGAUGCUAGAAAGGUUAGGUGGGAGUGGGUGGGUAGGUGGGUGAGCACCUUCUAAGAGGUAAAGGGGGAGAGGGACUCGUGGAGGGGAGAACUGGAAGGGGAACAACAUUUGAAAUAUAAAUUUUAAUUUUAAAUUUUUUAAAUUUAAUUUUUAAAAAGUAAUUAAAGAAAGAAAAUAUAACCCCCCAAAAAAUGUGAUUGUAGAUUAGGUGUAGUGAUACAUGCCUCUAACUUAAGCACUUGGGAGGCUAAGACAAGGGAUUACAAGUUCAAGGGGAGCCUGUAAUACAUAACAAAAUAAAAACUUAAAUGUAGAUAUGAUAAACCAUAAAUUUAUGUUUGUGGCUCAUACUUGUAAACUAUGGUAUAUGUUUUAUUCCAUAAAGUACAUUUAAGGGUUAAGAAAAGAGCUUAGUUUUGUUUCUCAAAGCUAGAGUCGUAGAUCUGAAGGAAAAUAUCUACAUUGCAAAGAAGACGUUUGAUCUUGUUGGCCUUUAUCUCUACCCUUUCCCUUGAAAGAACUGAAGAGGGCUAAGGGGUGGCAAGUCUUUAUCCCCAUGGACUUGAGAACUGACCAUUGUGCGUUGUCAAGAACCGCCCUGCUUCCCGCCACCAUGAAUCAUUUACGUCUUAAGUGGUUCUUGAACUGUUGCUGUGUAGAUGAUGUAAGCGUGGGAAGGGAGUUGCUGACUGGAAGCACAUUGAUGAUCAUAAAUCACGCUUAAAAGCGCUCCUGCCAACACAUCUGCUUCUGCAAGUUACCUGUCUGCGUCCAUCCGAAUGUGGGAGGCAGGUUCCACUUCAUUUUCUGUAGAUAGGAUAUCGACCAUGUUUGUAUGAGAGAUUUCAUUUCCUCAUGAAGUGGGGUUCAGCAGCCUGGGAAGUGCGUGGACAGAACAUGAGAGGACAAGAGAAGGGUCUUCUAAGCCAGCCUUUCUCUACUGUGUGCUCAUUGUCAGGCCAUUUACGGGUGACCAGGGACAGACUGGCCUGGACCCAGGCUGGUGCUGCCUGUCUCUGGCUGGAAACCAGCAUCAGUGAUGUAUAGAAUCGAUAGAGAAGAGAUACUGGCCGUUUUAUUCACAAUUCACUCCAGGUUUGCCAUACUGGAGAGAGAGACAGGGUUUCCUUCAAAACUUGAGGUAAGCACUCUUUCCUGGGGUUAUUUUCAUUGACAGCAAUCAAUCCAUUUUCUUCUGUGACACUGAUUGUCCAGAGAGGCUGAUGUCUUCUGUCCAGGUUUUCCCAAAGGGAUAUGGGCAGCCUGGGUUGUGUGAUCAGUCUCACUGCCAAACUGCUCAUGGUGGCGCUGGGCCAUGUCUGGGAAACUUGCAUAAAGACAAGGCACAUCAGACGUGGAUGCAAAAUGGUCCCCAUCUGUGCCCACAGUUGUAAGCAAAGGAAAGAGGAAUAUCAGUGACACCCUUAAAAGGGAAAAACUGUGAGCAGUUAAUUGCGGCUUGAAGAGCAGACAGGGGGAACUAGCUUUGGGUAUAGGAACAGCAUUCCAUGAGUUGAUUGUGUGCAUUGUCCAUAAAGUCUGGACACAUUUUCUAGAUAUAUGCAUUAUAAAAUAAUAUUGGCAUACCAUUUAUUAUGGAGAUUCAUCUAUUUCUAUACUUUAUUACCACAUGAGGUCUUUAAUUAAAACAAAACUUAAUUGAGCUAGGUAGCAUUCUCAGUGGCUGUCUGUGUCUGUGGUAGCUGGCUUACUCUCCAAAGAGAAGAUGUUUUAUCUGCGGUAGAUUUGGGUCAGAGAUGGGGUCAGGUCUUGUUUUUAAUGAGGUAGAUUUGGGUCAGAGAUGGGGUCAGGUCUUGUUUUUAAUGACUUUUUUUAAACAUUUGUUAUAUUUUAUUUAGGUGUGUGUGCAUGAGUGAUUGAGUGGGUAUGCGCGUGCAUGUGUGUAUAUGUGUGUGUGUGUGUGUGUGUGUGAGAGAGAGAGAGGGGGGGGGAUGUGCACCUGUGUACAGUGCCUGUGAAUGCCAGAAGGUUUUGAAUCCCUCGAGUGACAAGCAGUUUUGAACUGCCCAGUGUAUGUAUUGGGAAUAGAAUUCCAGUCUUCUGAAAAAACAGUAAGUGCUUUUAACUUCUUUUGUUUCUUCUUUUUUUUUUAUUGGAUAUUUUCUUUAUUUACAUUUCAAAUAUUAUCCCCUUUCCCAGUUUCCCCCACUCUGGAAACCCCUUAUCCCAUCCCCCCCCACCGCCUACUUCUAUGAGGGUGUUCCCCCCACCCACCCACUCUUACCUCCCUACCUUCAUAUUCUCCUACAUUGGGGACCAAGGGCCUCUCCUCCCAUUGAUUGCUGACAAGGCCACCCUCUGCUACAUAUAUGACUAAGGCCACGGGUCACUCCAUGUGUACUUCUUGGUUGGUGGUUUAGUCCCUGGGAGCUCUGGGUGUGUGGUUGGUUGAUGUUGUUGUUCUUCCUAUGGGUUGCAAACCCCUUCAGCUCCUCCAGUCCUUUCUCUAGCUCCUCCAUUGGGUUCCCUGUGCAGUUCUGGUUUUAUUCAGCCAGUUUGAUGGCACCACAAGGCACUAUACAGUCAGCAUGCUGUUUUCAGAACAGUCAUCCCUUGAUAUUCAUGGGAGAUGUUUUUCAGGAUGUUCUACAGAUGUCAAAAUCAGAGGAUAUUCAGACCCAUGUAUAAAAUGGCAUAGUAUUUGCACAUAACCUAUACAUAUACUUCUAUUUACUUUAAAUCGUCUCUAAAUUACAUGUAGUUUGAAAAAUGGAAAUGCCACUUGGCCUCCAUAGGCUCACCAUAUUUAAAUACUUGGGCUCCAAUUGGUGGGACUAUUUGCGAAAGAUCAGGAAGUAAGACCUUGUUGGAGGAAGGGCACGCUUUGCGGGAUUUCAGAAGCCCAUGAUACCCCUUAUUAGCUCUCUCUGCCUCAGUGAAUGGAGAUGUAAGCGCUUGGCUACUGCUCCAGUGCCAUGCCUGCCUGCCUGCUGCCAGGUUGCCUGCUAUAAUCGGCAUGGCCUCUACUGAUCUGAAAGGGAAGGUCCCAAACGGGCUCUUUUCCAUAAGUUGCUUUGGUCACAGAAUAGAAAAGUAACUAAGACACCAGGCAAACAGUUGGUACAUUGUAAUUGUUUGAGGAUAACAAAAAGAAAAAAAGGUUGUAUAUGCUCACAACUGAUACUUUUUUGCUUAUGAAUAUAUUUGGCAGGAGGCUAGUUGUAUCCAUAGAUGGAGACCCUCAGGGAUUUGGGAGGCAUAGUAUAUAUAUUUAAUCCCUUACCUUCUAAAUAUUUGCUAAAACUCAGUUGUUGGUUUUUUUUUAAAUAUUUUUUAAUUUUAUGUAUAUGUGUGCUUUUUCUGCAUGUGUGUCUGUAUGCCAUGUGCAAACAAUGCCCAAGAAAUCUGAAAGAAGGGGUCGCCCCCUGGAGCUAGAAUUACCGAUGGUUUAAGCCACAUGUGGAUGCUGGGCACAGAGCAGCAAGUGCCCUUAACCACUGAGCCAUUUCUCCUGCUGAAGGCAAUUGCUCUGACACAUGCUAGGACAUACUGUUAAGGCCUCACUGUUCCCGCCUCGUCAGAGGGUGAAGUGAGUGGAAUGGUGGUGUGGAAUGUCAAAUGCAUGUAUACGUGGUAUGGUAUGAUCUGUCUAAUGAACACAUGUGCAGUGUGGCCUGUCUAAUGCAUGCAUGCACAGGGCCUGUCUAAAACAUGCAUAUGUGGUAUGGCCUGUCUAAUGCAUGCAUGUGCAGUGUGGCCUGUCUAAUGCAUGUAUCCUGGAAGUGUUUUGGUUGCACUCAGAGAGCUGGCAGAAGUCACAAUCUGGCCUCCAUUCCCUGUAUUUUUCUGUGAUUUUUUUUUUUCUCUUUAAGUUCACCAGUACAAGAAAUAAGUGCCAGAUUUUAUAUCAGAUAAAGAGAUUAAAGAAUGAGUUAAUAAGAUCCCUAUGCCAUCUGACCAGUAAAGUGGCAUAUUCCAGUGACUUUCCUGAGGGAACAAUUUUCAGUGUUUUUUCUUCUGUAUACAGUAGGGGGAAAUCUUAAUCUACAAAGUUACAAUAUUGUUUAGUUUGUCAUAUCAGCUCCAUGAUGAGAGCUUAGAUUUUGGUAUAGCUGUACAGAAGGGCGUAGUCGUCUGAUGGAGAGUUGUGGGUAUCUAUGAGUGAACGCCUUCUCUCUGAGAUCCAGGGAGUCUAGCAAACUGUCGAACUUCAUAUACCUAAAAUGAAAUCACAUUUAAAGUGAAUAACUUUUAAAUACCAUUAUUAAAAGUCAUAUUGUCACUAUAAUAUACAUAAAUUUCUUUUUUAAAUUCAGGCAGAUGUCUAAACCACUAUUGUGAAGGUACUUGCUUUAAUUAUGUAGCCUGGGAUAUACCUGUCAGAAAUAUGAUUGUAAAGUAUGCCAUUGAUUGAUGGGCAAAUGUUUCAUGGAUUUUGGCAUAUAGCAAGGCCUGCCAUGAGUUAUCCGUCCACGUAUUUGAAUUCUCAGGUUUCUAUGAAGGAAAUGAACCAGUGUUCCUGCCUCUUUGUCAGUUCUCCCUUGGACCUAUGAAUUAUGAUCUUCUCAUCUACAGUGUACAGAUACCCAGCCUACCCUUCUGUUCCACAUGUGUCCUGUUACAUCUUCUCUCCCUGCGGUCUUGCCUUACUGUCUCCCAUCACUAGCUGCACAGAUAAGACAGAUCAGUCUGCCGUAGCUUCAUCCUUUAAGGUCUGUUAUACUGUCUGCUAAGCACUGGUCCCAUAUUAUGUUUGUAGUCUCUAGCUAGUCUGCAUUCUGCCAGAUCUGGCCAGCCCUUACGUUCUUACCUGAUGCUGAGAGAAUUUUCUAGUAUAUUGAUUUGUUCAUAUCAUUCUUUAAAAUAUUACAUUGUUUCUUCUGAACAUGGGUCCAGACACUUUUGUGUCCUUAGCAUGGCAUACAGAGUCUCUAGAGAUGAGACUCCUGAUGGUGGAUUAGCCUGCUUUCCUACACUUUCCUAGGUUCUAGCUGAGCACGCAGUGUGCUCAGAUGUGUCCUGCAGCCUUGCGUGAGCUAUCCCUGAGUCCAGCUACUAAGUCCUGCUUUACUUUUCAGUGCCUCCCUUCUCUGAGAAGCUGAUGCUGAUUGUCCGAUGCCCCACACAAUAUGCUUUAAAGGCUUUCCACUUCCAUUCCCAUAAUGUUAUCAGCUUCAAGAGCGUUUCAUGCUGUAUUGUCUUAAUACCUACUUCCCAGUGGCCAGCAUUAAAUCUACUCUGUAGUAACCAGAUAUUUGUGACCUUGAGCAAAUUCAGUGUACUGUCUGUCUAGUUGUCUUCAUCCAGAUAGCAAAUCUUUUCUCAUAGAGUUUCAGGAGAUAAAAGAACAUACAGCAUCAACCCAAUGGUCGGCACACAAGUAGAGCUCCAUCAUCACUGUCUUCUAAUGUUAUAGUCCGCCCAAAGAGUGUGCACAGGACACUCGCUCAAUGUAUAUAGAUCUCUAUUGAGUUUAAAAAAAAAAAAAAAGAGCUGGGCGGUGGUGGCGCACGCCUUUAAUCCCAGCACUUGGGAGGCAGAAGCAGGUGGAUUUCUGAGUUCGAGGCCAGCCUGGUCUACAGAGUGAGUUCCAGGACAGCCAGGGCUAUACAGAGAAACCCUGUCUCGAAAAACAAAAAACAAAACAACAAAACAACAACAACAACAAAAAGGAUUUGACAAAUUAUCGAAGAGGAAGUUUAGAAAGAUUUUAGGAUAUGUGGUCCUUGUAGUUGUAAUACUGUACCCCAGGAGAACUAGGAAAUCCUCUAAACAUUGCAAGUGUAUUUAAUAUUAACAAGGUAAACUACAAAAAUUAGACCUUUUAUUUGUGAAAAAUAUUAGGAUUGUUAAGAUAUAUGCCAGGUAAGGGGAAAGAUAUUCAUUGUUCGUGGAUCAAGAGAUGCAAUCCCUCUUCAAAUUAAUCAGUAACUACAACACACCUAGUCUUCAAAGCUUUUUUUUAUUAUUUUCAGAAAAACUGAAAAUGUUGAGAGUAUUCUCCCUACUUUCUUCACAUUUACUAUGUCAUGUGGACAGAGACACUCACAAUCUUUUUGUACUGAGCUAUCUUUUCAAGAAAAUUUGUGAUAUGAAUAUCUAUGAAGGAAAGAGAUAGCACUUCCCUGCAAACAAAGAGUAGGCUUGUUUUAUUGCCUGACAAGAUAUUGUCUCCUUGCAGCGGAAGGCUGCAUUAAGGACAACACAAGAUCCCUGUACACUGUUGGCGUGAUGCAAACCUACAGCAGUCAUGGCGUCCACCAGGCCUUUCUCUGGCGCCACUGGAAUGUGAGCAUCAGGCAGAAGAGACAGAGGAUAAAACCUGUGCUGAUUGUCUUUCUCUGGCACCCAUAAAGAUGAGCAGGUCACUAUGUUAACUUGGAGUUGCAGAGGCCUCAGGGGUUAGGAGUACUGGCUGGAUUUCCAGAGCCCUCGUGACAACCAAGAACUAUCUAACUCCAGUUCCAGGGAUCUAGGGUCCUCUUUGGCCUCGAAGGGCACCAGGCAGGCAUACAAUGGACAGACGUAUAUGCAGGCAAAACAAGCACACUCAUAGCAUACAAAAAGUAAAAAAUUAAAAGUGUGUUAGCUUGAGAAUUUGAUGAAAUCUGAGAUCUCUUUCAAUUCUUCACAGAAUUCAGGAAUCCCUACUUGUAAAAGUCAUUUAACAUACUGAAUUAUAAGGGUGAACAAUUAAAAUGAGUGCAAUGCUUACUCAAAAAACAGAGCAAAUCGGCCAGCUAUUACUGUCCCCCAAAGGAAAAUUGUUUGCUGAUUCUACUUUUCUCUCUCCUUUAAGAUGACAAAUGUACCUCUUCAAUAUAUCUGAUGCCUUUCACCCUGACAAUUUCUGUGACCUUACCUUUGUUAGAAUUUAGCAUUUCUGGGCUUUUCUAUUGACAUGUUAAGCUGUAUUUUCCCCCAGUAUUUUUAUGUACAGUGUGGUUGUUUAAAUAUUUGCAUUAAAUAAGCAAGACAGUUUCAUUCAGGCUCUUUCCUUUGAGAAAGCUCUUUCCAGUUCUUUUCUGUGUCACCAUGUCCUGCUCCCUCUUAUUACACCUAAAUAUAUCAUAGUCAUUUCUCUGUUUACUCAUUGCAAGGAUAACCACAUUGUAGGGUCAAAUGCAUUAGAGGGAGAGAUAGAGGGCCAUUAAUAAUGAUUAUGGAGUGUUGUCUUAGUGCCAGGAGCUACUGUUUGGGAGGUAAUGGACACUGGGGAAAUUAAAGAUCAUAAAAAUUGUAUUAAUGUCCAGUUGUAACUUUAACAAACUGCUAUCACAGCACAGUGUUCCAAUUUUCACAAACUUCUAAAUCACUUGGUGACUUUGAGUCCUUUUGGGAAGGAAUUGCUAUAUAAAUAACACACAGACAACGGGGCAUUUUCCAAACCAAAGCUCUUUGGGAUACUAGAUAUUGAGUGAUUUUUGAUAAAAACGAGUUAUGGCUGCACAAUGUAAAAAUAAGAGUAAGACUUUAUUUGCAGGGAUCUUGAGCUUGGAAUCACUAAUGAUUCCAAUCACUAUGUACACAUAAUUGAAGGGUACUAGUGACAACUACAAUGUCUUUCCAUUUUUAUAACUGUGACACCCCCCCUAAAAUCAUGGUGAACAGUAGAAAGAAUUGUUCUAUGGAUUUUCAUAGCCACUUUAGGUCUUUAUAACCAUGUUUUAGUAUCUAGUACAUGAAUGACUGCAGUGUCCUCUCCAGCUGAGGGCUUGCUUAUCUGCCUCAGUGACUGGACCCUGGGUACUAAUGGGCAUCAUUGCCCAUGCGUAUAUCCCCAGUGCUCGCUGGGCUGUCUCUGGGACCUUAUGCAAGUAGAGCCAUGCUCUGUGUAUCUUGUGACUUGCUUCUUUUAUUCAGUUAUUUUGCAUCUAACUGUAGUUUAUUUUUGUUGCUUUGUAAACUAGUGUUUUAUGACUAUUCAAAGAUCAUCUAUCCAGUCACCAUUGAUGUUACCUUAGGUUUUAUUGUCUUCUUUGCUUGUGAAUAGAGGACUAAGUAUACACAUACCACACACACAUGCACACACACUCACACAUGCACAUACAUACACACCCUCUUUAAAAUGGGGACCAGCAAACUCUUUUUUAUAAAUGAACACUUAGUACAUAAUAUAGGCUUUGCAGAGUACAUUGGUCUCUGCUAUCUAUCCUUUAAAGAAAAUUGUAAAAACCACUCUUGGCUUGUAGGCCAUAGUUUCUUGGAACUGUUCUCAGAUAACACCCAAGAGGAGAAAUGUCUAUCAUCAAUUAUAGACACAGCCAUUCUGACAUGAAAUGGGAAUUGUUUUCAGUGAGAUUAAGCCUACUUAUCCUCCCUCCCACAAGCAGUGGGAGAGAGAUCCCAGCAUGCAUCAUCCGUAUCACAACUGAGUGUUAUCAUAGUCUUCAUUUGCUGGUGUGUGACAGUCCUUCCCACUCAAGACGGAGCACUGCUGUGGUGUGUGACGGUCCUUCCCACUCAGGACUGAGGAUAGUAAACUUGACCUUGUGGUAAAAGAAACUUUUCACCUUGCUUAUUCAAAGUUUUGUGGAUUUUUCUUUCAUUUUUAACUGUAUAUUGUUCAUCUUAAGCUGGUGUUUGCAUAUGAUAUGAGGUAUGAUUGAGAAACUACACUUCAUUAACCAGUUGUCUGAGUAUUUUUAAUGACACUCAGGCAGUGCAUAUGGAUUCCAGGAUAAGCUGAAAUUAAAUAGUAAGUGAACAUGUAGCUGAAAUGAACAUUUAAACACAAGGACACAUUUUUCCUUUUCCUACAAUGAGAGCAAGAACUAGCAUUGGGCCUCAACUCCUUUACCAUAGUCCUAUCUCAGAAAAGCAAAGCAAGUGACUUUCCCUUUAUAUUACUCCUAUCUCUAUGUUCUGAUUUAAAGUAUGCUUUCAUAAUUUAUUCUGUUAUUAGCUACUGUAUGUCAGCCAUGUUAAAAAUAUGAUAUGCCUGCUAAAGCAAUUAGCGUUGUAUAUGAAAAAGAUCACAGGGCCCUACCACCAAAAAUCUAACAAACAAAACCCCUCCUGCUGUAAUGUAAACUGUAACAUUGAACAACUUCCCAUGCUGACUGUGAAGCACAGUCUGUUGAUUGCAUUGACAACUCGGCUUUGUAUCUAGAAGACUCAGUGUGACCAAACAAGCCUUAAGUUUAUUUAGCAUUAUUCUUAGUUCUAAGGCACUUGGAUAUAGGAGCUGUGGGCAGACCUCAGCUCUGGCACACUGUCCCUUGUGGCCUUUUCACAGAAAGGACACAUAUUCUCGUGUGUCGAGACUGGGCAGGAAUGGCUAGUGUUUCCUUGAGAGGUAUCCUGGGGCAGGUGUGGUGUUUUGAACUCUCAUGUUGACUACACUCGUAGAGCACAGUGCAAGUUUUCAACACAGCUAGUUAAUCUGCACUACAUGUUGCUCACUGUAACGUGCUCUUUGUUGGAUACUUUCGGAUUGGCUGUAUGUCAAGCUGGUGAGGAAGCUUAAUUCUCCUGCAUCUUCAGAACGGCUUGAUAAUGCUUGCUUUAUAGUUCACUGAGUACGGUACCGUGCUGUUUCCUUCUGUUCACCCAGCAAUGAGAAAAUAGCUGCAUCAAGCAGUAUUGUAAUGAAUUUUCCUAGCCCAAGGAGCUGCCGUUUGCUUCUAAUUGCUAUGUGGAGCAUGAAAUCAGAGCCCCAAGUUCCUCAGAACUUCUGCAAAAGAAGGCCCCAUAGUCACCCAGCUACCUCAGAGAACGUACAGCGUCUCUUAAAGAGCCUUCUCAAUGGCACUUACGCUCACUGCCAUGCCAUAUCUUAUUUGGCUCUAUUGCCUUUAACUGAAUUUCUCAAGAGUAAUCCAUUUGUGUUCAUUGGCGGAAACUCACAUCAAUGUAUGUUACAGGGACGUCCACUCAUUAUUAGCUAAUGCUUUUGCCACACUGUACAUUUUACUUCGAGAGUUGACUAACGUGAGCUAGGAUGUACAUUAAGACCUUAGUGGCACUUUAGUAAUGUCACUUUGUAUGUGCAUCCUACAAGCAGGUCACUGGGGAGAAACCCUCAGAGACUACGACGAGAUGUAAGUCCUAGGUGGCUGCUUCUCAUUAAACAGAAAAGAAAGAUUCCCUCAGAUAAUUACCCAAGUAGGAAAGGAACUCGAACAUAGGAGUUCUUGGUAGUAAUUACGAAUUAUCACCCACACAUAAAAGAUCUCCUUCUGCUUUCUAAACGAAAGUGAACAUCACUAAGUAUUUUCUUUGAAAAAAAAAUAUUUAAAGCAUAUUACUUAAAAACCCUUUAAGUCUUUAAUAACCAUCCCAAAUUGAUUUCAUGUAACCUUCUGCUACUACUUGAUAAAAAUUUUCAGUGUAGCAAAUGCAAUUUCCUUGCUUAAUCACAAUUCUAAAUUUAGCCUCAAUACAAAGGGAAGUAUUUUCUCUCUGCCUCCAGAAAGAUGGCAUAGACAUACUUUCCUCUGUUCUGCUAAGUCCAACUAAAACUCAAUGUAUAGUAUAUGAAUCAAACAUAGGAUUCUAAAGAUGACGAGGAAUCAAGACCCUGUGGACCCUGCGCACAAUCCAAUGAUACAUGUCCUGGGUUUCCUUCCACUUCACAUACCCCAGAUCUGGAGGAGAAAACAUUAUUGAGAAAACACCAACAUAAACUAAUUAACAAGCAAUCACACAGCAGCACCAGUAAAAUAGAAAGUGUUUUCUGUAGUUAAAUUGCCAGAAUGUGAUGGCCUUGACAAGAAACCCUUAAUCAACAGUCCCCACUCUAAGGCACUGUUCUAGAGAAAUGCACGGCUCCAUUCCGACAGCAGUCACUGGUGGGAAGCAGCAAUCGGCCACGCCUGCUAGGCUGCAGUUCCCCAGCCUUCCUCACUGGUGGUGUCACAGACAAAAGCAUUCCUUUCAGGUGGGUGCUAAUAAAAACCUGCAUUCCAUCUCCAUACAAGUAAAGAACAUAGAGAGGCCUGGAUGACCCACUUCCAAUAGUGUGGCCCUUUUUCUUCUCCUACUGAAGUCAGAAUACAUCACACAAGAAACAAUGGGUGACUCCUCCGAGCCAGGAAAGCAUCCAUGAAGGCUGAAUAGAGACUCAGAGUCUCACUCCUGCCAGGCCUUCAGAGGAAGUCCUCCCCUCAGACAUCAGUGGAGUUGUGCUAGGGAGUCCUAAUGACACCUUCCUUCUCCCACCCCUACCCAGCUUCCUUAGCUGGAGUUGAUAUCGAAAGAAUGCAAGGGAUCCAGCAAUUUCUACCAUAUUUCCAUAUGUCCACAUUUUGAUGAAGAACAAACCAAAAAACAAAACCAAACAGCAAAGUCAAACCAUGUUACAGAAGGAACAAGGCAGCCUCUGGGGAGAGAAGGCUCAGUCAGUGGAGGCCAGCACUAGAUGACAGAUGUGAGAGCUGCCCGCUAAAGACGUUAGAGCACCACCAUGAACCAGGAGCUACAAAUGUGAACAUUGACCCCUAGCAAGCAAGUGGGAAAUACAGUGAAGAUCUCGUGCCCUCCUGGAAUGGAAAAGUCUAGGAACCGGAAGGAAGGCCUCAGUGGAGACACUGUAGAACCAGAUGGAGGGCACACAGCACAGGUCAGUGAGCUGGGAGUUAGAACCAUAGAAAUUAUUCAGUCGGAACAAUGGAGAGAAAGUAGACUGAAGAAUAAAAUAAAAGAACCCCAGGAAUGGUAAGAGUGUGCCAAAAAUCUAACAUUGUAUCUUUGGAACACCCUAAGAAUAGGAAAAGGCAGGGAACUGAAACACAUCUGAGUAAGAAACGAAAACCUACAAAAUUUGACCAGAAAUUUGACAGACAUAAGAAAUGCCAUCUAGUUGCCUGGAUAACUCUCCCUGUAAGCCUUGAUCCUAAAACUGUGAAUGCAUUGUUGUAUAUGAUAAAAGGACUUCCCAGGGGUGAUGGGAUUUUUGAGAUAAGAAAACACCUUGUGUCAUAAGAGUUCUCCUAAGAAACAGACAGAAAGGGCACUGGGACGAGUGCUCAGCAGUCAGGCCUGCAAGGAGCACUGGAAGCUGUGAGGUCAGGAGGUGGAUCUGCUUUGGACUUCCAGGUCAGUGCAGAACUUCUUACCUCUGCAUCUGAAAGACAAUCAAUUCAAGAUAGUUUAAGCUCUGAAACUUAUGAAAAUUCCUUACAGCCACAGUAUAAAACUAAUCUACUGAUUUAACCUCAGACAAAAGGAAGCCAUGCCAUGGUGCACCAUGCCCCUGAACAGAGUGCCAAGGAGACAAGCCUGGGAAGCAUGCGGUGUGGCUGCAGUCUGAAUGCCAGUGGACAGAAACUACAAAGACCAAAAGGACUUGACACUUCAGUAUUCUAAGUGAUGUAAGAGCUGUCUCCCCAGAAUCCUGUUUCCCAUGAAAAUACCCUUUAGGAGGAAAAGGAAAUCAAGGUACUCUCUGGUGAAAGAAAGCAAUCACCAGUAGAUCUCUCUAAGGGAUUUGCUAAAGGACAUGCCCUAAAAAGAGAUAAUAAUCUUGUAAGAUCAAGAAACUUAAAAAAAAUGCAGUGAAUAUAAGUAUGGCUGAAGAAUAUAGGAUUUCCAAAGGUUUUGUUGUUGCUGUUGUUUGUUUGCUGUCUUUUUCAAACAGGGUUUCCCCAUGUAGCCCUGGCUGUCCUAGAACUCAUGUAGACCAGGCUGAAACUCACAGAGAUCCCUCUGCCUCUGCCUCUGCCUCUGCCUCUGCCUCUGCCUCUGCCUCUGCCUCUGCCUCUGCCUCUGCCUCUGCCUCUGCCUCUGCCUCUGCCUCUGCCUCUGCCUCUGCCUCUGCCUCUGCCUCUGCCUCUGCCUCUGCCUCUGCCUCUGCCUCUGCCUCUGCCUCUGCCUCUGCCUCUGCCUCUGCCUCUGCCUCUGCCUCUGCCUCUGCCUCUGCCUCUGCCUCUGCCUCUGCCUCUGCCUCUGCCUCUGCCUCUGCCUCUGCCUCUGCCUCUGCCUCUGCCUCUGCCUCUGCCUCUGCCUCUGCCUCUGCCUCUGCCUCUGCCUCUGCCUCUGCCUCUGCCUCUGCCUCUGCCUCUGCCUCUGCCUCUGCCUCUGCCUCUGCCUCUGCCUCUGCCUCUGCCUCUGCCUCUGCCUCUGCCUCUGCCUCUGCCUCUGCCUCUGCCUCUGCCUCUGCCUCUGCCUCUGCCUCUGCCUCUGCCUCUGCCUCUGCCUCUGCCUCUGCCUCUGCCUCUGCCUCUGCCUCUGCCUCUGCCUCUGCCUCUGCCUCUGCCUCUGCCUCUGCCUCUGCCUCUGCCUCUGCCUCUGCCUCUGCCUCUGCCUCUGCCUCUGCCUCUGCCUCUGCCUCUGCCUCUGCCUCUGCCUCUGCCUCUGCCUCUGCCUCUGCCUCUGCCUCUGCCUCUGCCUCUGCCUCUGCCUCUGCCUCUGCCUCUGCCUCUGCCUCUGCCUCUGCCUCUGCCUCUGCCUCUGCCUCUGCCUCUGCCUCUGCCUCUGCCUCUGCCUCUGCCUCUGCCUCUGCCUCUGCCUCUGCCUCUGCCUCUGCCUCUGCCUCUGCCUCUGCCUCUGCCUCUGCCUCUGCCUCUGCCUCCUGAGAACUUCCCUAAGUUUUAUAUGAGAGUGACACACACAAAUUUGUAACUGUCCGAUGUGCAUGCACAAAUGGAUAACAGGACAAAGAAGGAUAAAGGUUCAUAGGGGAGAAUAUUAAAACAGAAAAGAUGAAAAAAAUAUUGGGUGUAAUCUCAGAAGAGCUUGUGCAUUGAAACUUGGGUACUGAUGAAGCAGGGUGUGGUCAUGGUGAGACCCCGUGUGCUGAUGAAGCAGGGUGUGGUCAUGGUGAGACCCCGUGUGCUGACGAAGCAGGGUGUGGUCAUGGUGAGAAGAUCCCGUGUGCUGAUGAAGCAGGGUGUGGUCAUGGUGAGAAGACCCCGUGUGCUGAUGAAGCAGGGUGUGGUCAUGGUGAGAAGAUCCCGUGUGCUGAUGAAGCAGGGUGUGGUCAUGGUGAGAAGACCCCGUGUGCUGAUGAAGCAGGGUGUGGUCAUGGUGAGAAGAUCCCGUGUGCUGAUGAAGCAGGGUGCCGCCGUGGGUGAGAAGACCCCACGUAGUGAAGAUGCUGAUUCCUCCAGAGCUGCUGUGCUGGCUUAACACAGUUUCUCUCAAAAUCUCAGCAAGAGUUUUUUGUAGACCUAGGCAAAAUUAUCCUAAAAUGUAUAUAGAAAGACCAGGGCUAGAAUAACUCUAACAAUUGUGAAGGAGCUGAACAAGUGGCAUCGAAAGAAGGAUGAACAUCAGAGGAAUCAGAUAGAAAGUCAGAGCUGAGUCAUACAAGAUACUCACUCACCUGAGGAUAGAUAGACCCAAAAGCACUUACAUGAAAGAAUAAAUAAGAGGAAAUACUGAUAAGUAAGAUGUCUCUAAAACCUGCCUAGCAGAAAACCUUGUUAGGGGUUUGAAAAGACAAGCUACAGAGUGGAAGAGAAUAAUUGUAAAGCCUGUUUGCAAAACAGAGGGCUAGGGAAACUCCAGCAACAGGAACAGGAAGUGAUGCUGUUAGAGCAUACUCACGGGUAUAUGGCCUGGAGGGGUAACUUAGCACUCACCUCGCAUGCUUAAUGUUCUGGAUUCUAUUCCACACAACACAAGGGCACUGUGAGAAAGAAGAAAUGGGCCAAAGGAAUAGACAUUUUAUUAAAAGUGGGGGGUAUACAGGACCUCAAGUAUAUUUUGUUGACCCAUUUAAUGCUAGUAAAGUUGUUUUUUGUUUUUUUUUGUUUUUUUUUUUUUUGCUUAUAUUGGUAGCAUAUAUUUAAGCAUUGUAAAGUAUAAUAGAAACUCCAGAUUUCUAACUUCUCUUAGGAAGAAAUAGAAAAUUCACUCCCAAAAUACUUCCCCAAAUCAUAACUGUCUAAGGGUUGCUCUUCCAUGGAAGGCUUGUGCUCCUCCGCACUGUCCCCAUCAGUGUCAGGUAACAUUCUGAGACACUGAAAGGAAACAGGAGCCAGCAGCUACAUUUUUCUCCUUCCCCUUGUGGGAGGCUAUCUUCUUUAUUGUUACAAUUACUGUAACAUUUCUUGCUAAAGAUUUCCUAGUGGUUUCUCUGGGGUUUCAACAGAAGGCUUGUGGCUGAUUAUAGUUCGUGUCUUACAUGAUUUGGUUCGUGUAAGAGGAAAUGUUUCCUCAGUGUCUGAUUUUCUAAUGAGCCAUUUUAGUUCUAUAACUCAGAGCCUCCCACCCGACCGACUCUUGCUGGUCUCUCUUCUUAGGGGACCCGAAGUGGAAAGACUUUCCUGGGUUUUAUUAACUCGGUCUAAAGGGGUUAACACAAAGGAAAUAGAAGAACGUUACAGAAGGAAUUUACUAUGGUGGCCAUGAUUAAUAAGCUAUUCUGAUUGAGAAACUUGGCAACACUUAGCACAUUUUGUUACAAAGUAGACAUCAGAAGUAAAGCCAUUAUGUUUGAUAUUGAACUCCCAAGUAACUUGGUAUUUUCUAAGCACAAUAGUAUUGCGUACUAUGGUACAGUUAGACAGGCUGUUUGUCUGAGCAAGGAGUAUAUGGCAGAACUAAAAGGAAAGUAGAUGGUUAGUGCAGGAUUGAAGGAUGGCCAGAGUCCAUGACUGUAAUAGCCUUUCAGGCUACCUAGAGAAGUGGCUUCCGUGUUCUAUUUGGCUUUUCCCAUGGAUCCAAAGUAAGAAUGGAGGACUAGGGAUAUAAUCAGUAGGCGAGCACUUGUCUCACGUGGUUAAGACCUCAGGUUCCACUCCUAGCCCUGUCAUAGGUACUAGGAUAAGGUGGCCACUAGAGAGAUCUCUCAGAUGUUAGGACUUGCGGCUCUUGCAAUGGACUGGAGUUUAGCUCCCAAUGCCUACACUGAGUGACCCACAAUUACCUAGUGUCAGCUCCAGGAGCAUCCAACACUGUCUUCUGGAUUCUCUGGACACUUGUAAUACACAGAUGUGAGGGAGGGAAGAGUGGGGGAGGAGGGAGGGAGGGAGAGAGAAAGGCAGGGAGGGAGGGAGGGAGGGAGGGAGGGAGGGAGAGCUUGGUUAUAAAGGUGGCUUUCUGAGGUGAGGCUGGGCCUCAGCACCCUGCAUAUGCUGACCUCCCCAAAUGUGGAAACAACCACUGCAUAAUUUAUGGUAUUGGGGGGCUGCUCCCCUAUUAUUAUGAAAAGAAAGAAAUAUUUAGCAAAGAAAAGAAAUUUACAUAAGGAAAAGUAGAAAGAGAAAGAAAGAGAUGGAAAAAUGAAAGUGCUACUUGGGAUUAAAGCUCGCCAUCUGGCUGCUAAUUUAUGUGAUUGCUGUUGGAAGGAGAGGUUCUAGUGACCUUAUGCCCCAGCAUCUGUAAGAAAGAGGAUAAAGGAGUGGGUGAAAGGAGUGGAAUGGAGGCAGGGGUGAGGGUCUGAGUGUGAAAUCUAGAGCUGAACUGUUGGAAUUGUCUCUGUCUCUCACUGUCCUAGCUCUGACCUCUCCAUGCUUCAGUUUUCUCCUCUGUGAGUGGGAAUCACGCAGUCUCCGUAGGAGGGCGAUGUUGUCAGAGAAUGCAGUAGUGCCCGGUGCGUUGUCAGCCACAGCACUGGCUGCUGGAGAGGACAGGCACAGGCUCAAGAAUGGCAGAGGCUCGCACUUGACAGAGCCAUGCUUGGGCUUGGGACUUUGUCAUCCGUGAGUUUUUCCUGAUGUCUCAGUAGAACACCUAUUUCUGCCUUUAGAUAUUUGUCCUGACUUAGCCUAUGUGCUAAACUCAGAUAGCUCAGUGUGUUCAAGACACACCAAUUCGUAGCAUAGAAAGAAUACUUUGGCAAGACCUUGGCCAGGAAAGAGACCUAAGGUUUUAUUUGUUCAUUCCUAAGGCCCAGCAAAGAGAAGUCUCCCACAUACAAGGAAUUAGUUGACUGGCCUCAGCUUUUGCUGUUUUGUUUGGAGAGUACGGUUGUUUUGGAGUACUGUUGCUGCUGUUGUUGUUUGGAGACAUUCUUACUUAGGCUGGCUUUAAACUGUAGCCCAGGCUGAGUUAGGCUCAGAGCACCCCCUCCAGCAGUCUCUUCAGUGCUUACUCAUAGCUCCUGCCUUAGCAUCAAGUCUUUUCAGAUAUUUGUUUUUAAAGUAUCAUUAAUAAUAGAUUUUAAAGUUUUGAAGUUGAUUUUAAAUAGGUUAUAUUCACUUUGCCAGAAUAAACAGGUACAUGAAAAAAUAUACAACUAAAUAAUGUAUGCCCAGAAAACCGUAGAACUACGCGAUGUAUACAAAUAAGAUACAACUAAAUAACGUAUACCAAAACCAUAUAUACCACCCCCUCCAAAAAAACCCAUAUAUACCACCCCUCCAAAACCCAUAUAUACCACCCCCUCCAAAACCCAUAUAUACCACCCCCUCCAAAACCCAUAUAUACCACCCCCUCCAAAACCCAUAUAUACCAUCCCCUAAAAAAAAAAAAAAAAAACCUCGACCAUAGCCAGCAGAAACCUUCCAUGGUUUUAAUUUUGAGUGUUCAGAGCCCUUUAUAGCAGUGGACCUGUACAGGUGGUCUGGAUCUUCACGGAUCUAUUUCCUGUUUCAUGAGCUUGAUGGUUGUGGGACCACAGGCACCAGAGCAGUGAUGCCCAAGUCUGAGAGGCUGGAGUCCCAUCUCAGGGAGCUGCCCUUCCUCCUCUCCCAGAGCUCUGCUGAGCUCAUCCGAGUCUGUUUCGGAUGUAAAGAAGGACCAGCAUAAGCAACCAGCAUUCUGACUCAAGAGAGCAGAAAGACCGGUUUGAACUGGGUAGGUGGGGAGUCGGAAAGAUCAAGUCCAGGGGGAGGUGACAGAUUGAUAGCAUCCUGUGCCAAAGUCCCAACUCACAAGGGAGUCAGAUGAGCCAGGGACCCCUCAGCCCUUCCCAGAGAGCCACGGUUUAUUUAGGAAGCUCUAGAACCUAGAUCAAUCAAUCCCCUUGCACUGAUUCUCAGUGUGUCACUUUCAGCAACAUUUUAAUAUUCUUCCUACAUCCUGAGUUAUUGAUUGAACACUCUCAUGUUUUUUAAGCCCACCUCCUUCAGCACAGCACCCUUGAAUCCCAUGCAUACUUUUAUGAUUCCUAAAUUGGUAGACGAAAUGUUAGUUACGGACAAAAAUACAAUCUCUUCACACCUGGAAAAAUUAAUGUUUUUUUUUUCCCCAGAAAAGGUACCAUAUGAUGGGAGGAGACCAGUUGCUAUUUGCUUGUGAGUGGAGAGACGGAUGUCUGCCAGACAGAGUAAAGAGCCUGCCUGUCCCUUUCAGCCUCCUAAAAUAUUAGUGGUGCAACACUGAUGUAAUCUGAAUAUUAUUGAAUAUCCUUCACAUUCUGGCUACUUUCACAGCUGAAAUCUAGAGGGAAAUAACCAUAAUCAAAUUCUCCUGCUUAGAAAUUAAUGUUCCGAGUCUGUUUUAGGAAAUAUAUAAUAACCGCGCUGUCAGGGUAUGGGAGGGGCUGCUUUAGAAGAUGCCUCAGAAAACUUACAGGCCAGUGGCAACUCAAAUACAGUUCUGGGAUUGUUAGUGAUUCUAAGCUGAUUUGCAGUGCACAUCCUUGUGGCUUUGGCAGUUUGGUGGGGCUCUCAAACGCCAAGGCAACGCUUUAUGUAAGCUAUGACUUUAAAGCUUGUCAUAAGGUAGAAAAUGGGGUCAGAGAAGAACAGUGGUCAGGGCUACAUCACUGGACCACACAUAUGUAGAAGUCCAGAAAUCCAGAAGCUUUCAGCUCACUGCCAAAAAGCAGAGUGUCCAGUCUCACACGUUAUCUGUGUCUUCACUCCCCCAAAGCAGCAUGUGAUGAACAAGCCUACUCCUGAGCAAUGCUCAUCUCUAACUCCAUCCCAGCAUCUUGGAAAUGUAUUUAGGCCAUUGGAAGAAUGCCCUAUGUCAGGUAGAGUGAUGGCUUGGUUGUUAAGAACAUGCUCUGUUCUUGCAGAGAACCUGACUUCAACUCCCAGCAUCCAGGUGCGGCAGUGUACAACCAACUGCCUGUAACUAACUCCUGCUCCAGAAAAUGCCUUCAUCUGAAUUCCAUAGGCACCAGCUCUCACGUGUACAGAAACCUCCAUGCAGAUGUAUAUACAUAUACACAUAAUUAAAUCUUUAGAGAAAGAAUACAGACCCCAUGACAAGCAAACACAAGCAGUCUGACAUGCUUCUCUAUAUGGCACAGAGUGUGGCUUAUUCUCAUCUUAAAUCCCAACACCCCAUAGUAGGGUCAGAGAAGAAAAGCAUUGCGGAGUGAGCCAAAGGCUGUACAACACUGGAAUCUAGAUGUUGGAGUCCCACAAAAGGACAGGUUACUAGUUCCACAGCCUGUCUAGGCCUGAUACCUUUUCACUUGUAAAAUGACACAGUUGAACUGGACAGGCCUUGAGUGUAUGCUUCCUCGACUAACAUGCAUAGGAGGAACUGGGGUGUCCUGUAAAUUGCAGAUCCUGACUCAGUAGGUGUGACCUGCGGCCUGUGUUUUGUUUUCCUGUAGAGGAGUCCUGAUACUGCUCUACAAUGCUCACACUGCUGGUCCACUGAUCUCUCAGCGUUUAGUUAGUUCUGUGCAUGUGUGUCUGUCAACUAGAUGGCUCUGUGACAUUGCAGGAAAGAUGGGGGCUUUCACCAGUGACCCUCCCAUGGAAUCAACAGUCCUCAUUCUUCAUAAUUAAUCUCUAUCAGACACUCUUUACUAUGUAAUUAUGCAUAACAAUUUCAUGUGCACACCAGAAAGCACUGAUAGAUUUAGUCCCAGCUUACCAGACUUGACAACAGAAGACAGAAAUAUGUAUAAAGACAGUAAUAAAUAGUAAGUUAUGAUAUAUGCCCAUUCAGACAUUGAGUACAUUCAAAUAGAACAAGCAUAUAUUUAGAUGGACCAUAGAAUAUUUGUAUUCAACAUCUUUUUUUUUUCCUUUUAAUCUCUGGUAAAUGAAGUAUAUUUCUGACAUAAAACAAGAUUUCUGUUUCUCUCUUCCUGGUGAGAGCUGGGAGUGGCAAGGUCAAUUUCUGAACUGCUUUUUUUGAAGACUGACUGAUUCUGGCCUCCUCAGCCCCAAACCUUAACCCUGUGACUGACUGUGCAGCUGCCUCGGCUUAACUUGGGGUUAAACCCCGAGUGUGUCCUCACAGGUUCAUUGACUGACUCUCAGUGCUUCCUGUCCAGGGCUUUGACCCAGCCGUCACCCUUGUGAAUCAGCGUGGGAAGAAGUGGACAGCACUAUCUCUGAAUCACAGAGCUGUGGGCACUACCGAGGAGGGGGCCAGCGCAUCCGAAGCCUCUCGGUCAUUAUAUCAGAGGAAGGCUGGCUUGGUACUCGCUCUUCUGUACACACAGGUCUCAUGACCUAGCCUGAGGAUGGGAUCGAAGGAGCAACAGUAGGCAGCAUUGACCCCUGAAGGCAGAGCUGGAUCUACUCCUGAGGGCCAUCCAGACACUGUGCUGGAAACAACAUCUGGUACCCAUGGUGAUAAGCCAGUUUAUUAGAACUGAAUCCCUGGUUAGAAGAGAGAUGCUAGGAUGACUCAGGGAACUGAUUUAUUCUAACUCAGCAAGGACUGAAUUAUCACAGGUCUGUUCUAUCUACUCAAGGGUUUCCCAACUAAAUACUAGUAGUGAAAUUAGAAACCCUUCAUUUAACCUUCUCUGACUCAUGUGAACACAUGUGAUAAUUAAUAAUGGUCCUAUGCACAUACAUAGGAAUACAGCCAUGCAGAGAAAACAAUACAUACCAUGCCCUCAGCACACAGACGUGCAUCCAUGGGAGGAGAGGAGUAACUGUGAAAUCUGAUACACUGUUUUGAAACGUGGCCCUACCACUGCAGGCUGCAUCAGUUCGCCUUUCAGACUGCAGCUGUUCCACCUGCAGGGUGAUGUUGGCGUGGCUUCCGUGCAGUAUGUGUGUGCACUGUCUGAGGUGCAGAUGGGUGGAGUUAUGUAGCAUGAUGUCUGAAAACCUAAUCACAGUCAGCAACCAUAAGAAACCUGAUUAUGUGACAGCCCCUGUGAAAUUGUGCCUCAGGGGAAAAAAUAGAAAGAAAGCGUCCACGUUUGUGUUUGUCUCUUGCUUCGUAUGCAGGCCUUUGUGCGGGAGGUUGUGUCUGGGUUCAUAAAAUGUCACGCUGCUUAUUAGGAAUGAAGCUGUGGUGAGGACAAAGCCUGCAUUGAUUAGGUAGGCUCAGCCCUGUUCACUCAGUUUUGUCACACGUAGCUGUUGUUUCCCUGUUAACUAUCUAUACAUAAACCUAGCAAUAAAGGGUGAAAGCAGCCUGCUCAUAUUAAGGAAAACACGAACCCAUAGAUGAUUACUGAAUUGGAAAGCUAAAUCUUAAAAAGCCAUAAAUGACAGUCCAUCUACUUUGCACCAAUGCCUCUUACUGUCUCUCUGAGCAUACAGAGUUGUACAGACAUGACAGGAUGCCGCACAUCCCGCUAACCGCUCACAGGGAGGUAAGGAGAAUGGAGGAGUGGGUCUGGACUGUGGUCCUGGGAAGAGAAGGAUGCCCUCCACGUGCAGCCAGGGAGAAGAGGCACGAGUAGGAGCGGUGCUGACGCCUUCCACCCGUGUUAGAAGGGCAUGAAGACCACAGGCAGAGGGUGUGAGGCAGACUUCUAAAAUGCAAAUGAUCCAUAGGGGCCAAAUCUGAGUGAGGCCUUGGACGGGCCAUCACCUCAAACCUGCUCACACAGUGUCUGAACAGGGUGUUACUGCUUCUAUGCAGGGAGAGAGUUGUUCAUCUUAGGUUGAAUGUAACAGUAGUUAGGACAGUUAGUUCUUUCCCAGAUUUAUUGUGCACUUGAGUCAUCUGUGACAGUAUUAAAAUGCAGAUCCUAUAGGUCUGAGACCUGCAUUUCUAAAGAGCCCCUAGGUAUUGCUGAAGCUGCUGGUUCAAAGACUGUAUUUUGAGUAGGAAGUGUCUAACCCAUUUUCUCCCCGAACUCUCUGUUUCCCACUCCCAUCCUACUUACUUCUGUUCCUCCCUCCGUACGCCCGUGCCGUUCCUUCACUCUUUCUCUGAUAGUUGCUUCCUGCUUGCUGACCUAACUCUCAUGCUGUCUCGUUGGAGUCACUCUUGCAUCCAGCCUGAGUCUUUGCUUAGACUUUCCCCCUUUCUUCUUUAAGCGUGCAUACUAAAGCUCCAGUCCUCCAAAACUCACCGUUUCCUGAGUCCAUCACCUCCCUUCUACUCCGGGUAGGGCUGAGAGGGCCUGCAUGGCCAUGCUCCAGGUCUCAUGUCUGCUGCUCCUUCACUCCUCCUUCCUUCUGUAUAACUGCCUGCCAGUCAUGUUGUCGCAGGUUGAACCUAAGUCUCCAUAGACUCAAGUCUGGAGAGCUUGUUCACCAGCUCGGGGACUGUUUUGGAAAGCUAUGGAGUGUUUAAGGGAUGAAGGCUGGCUGGGACAAAGCACUAGGGACAGGCUCUUAGGGGUUUCAGCCAGGCUCUGGCCAUAGUUCAGUUCUCUGCUUUCCUCUGAUCCAUCAGUGUGAGAAGCUGCUCUACCUCAUGUCCUACCAAAAGAAGGAACCAACAGCUUGCCUUCCCCACCAUGAUGGCCCACAAUCCCUCUGAAACCAUGGGUCAAAUGAAGACUUCCUCCUGUUAAGUGGGUUACCUCUGGUAGACAGCUCAGUCUCCAGACCUUAAGUCCUUCCUUCCCCUCCCCCACUGUGUGCUAACCUCCCCUCCCCCACUGUGUGCUGGCUUCCCCCCCCCCACUGUGUGCUGGCCUCCCCUCCCCCACUGUGUGCUGGCCUCUCAGCCCAGCCCCUCCUGCUCCUGAGCUUUCAUUCCUUCAGUGAGCACCACAGCAGCCCACCAGGUGGACAGCUCAACCUCUUCUCUACCACUAAGCUCCAUGAGGACAGGAAAAUCUGUCUGUCUUCAUCAGUAUCAAAACUCCAAGGGGCCACAGUGACGGGUAUAUGGAGAGAUUUAAAAUAGUUGUAGUUAAACAGAAUUAGAAAAACAUAUAUUUAAAGCCCUCUUGAUCUUUCAAUAGCUAGGACUAAGGAAUGCCCCUGUGUUAGCACUCAUUUGAAUCUAAAAAUGCUGUUUAGUAAAAACUGUUGAGCCUACCAGGCCCUUUGAAGAUUAGGACUAAAAAAUGACCAAAAUUAAACUCUCUUCAAAAGUUUCUGUCCCUUGUCUCAGUCAAGGACCUCAGGAAGGUUGCUGGCUAAAGUGAGGAUUUAGUCAACCUCAUUGCUCUUCUCCUGGGACACAACACAGAGAUGCAAGCAGUCAGCACUUAAUGAUUCUGGCCUGGCCUCUGACUCCUGUGGUCCUCCCAGCAAGAGAGCAACUGUCUGUCUCUAAGAUGGCAAUGACCCAAGUCACAAAAUGCAAGAUCUUCCAUUAAGAACCCAUUCUGCCACUUGCUCUUAAGGACACUAACAGCGAAGGAGACUGAUGUUCAUAGACGUUGUAGCCAUGCUUACUUUUAGUGUACUCCAAAGUCACAUCCAUGCUAACGAUGUUCUCAUUUAUAGCCUGUAUGAUGGCCUCCUGACUGGAUGAUAGGAGAUCUUAAAGCAGUUGCAUUAUACAUUCCCUGAUGGCUGAGUGUGGGACUUGUUUAGCUCCAUAGCCUGAUUUUAAAUUUGGGUCAUUUGUAUUUUGGAGUUUGGUUAUUUGGAUUCCUUAUGUAUUCCAGAUACAGAGUUGGAAAAUAUCUCUCCCACCCUGUGGGGUACCUCUUCAUUCAGUUACUCAUUUCCUUUGCUAUACGGAAGCAUUGGCUUCAUGAGGUCCACUUGUCAAAAGUUGGUGUAAUUUCCUAAGCCACUAGAGCGCUGUUUAGGAAACCCUAUCCUGUGCCCCAGUGUUGAAGCACAUUCCGGGGCAUCAUGUCUUACAUUGAGGCCUUUGAUCUAUUUGUAAUUGAGUUUUGUGUAAAAUGAAACACAGGGAUCUAGUUUUUUUUAUAAUAUGUUGAUGUUCAGGUUUUCCAGCGCCAUUUGUUAAAGACACUAACUUUUCUCAGAUGCAUAUUUUUGGCAUCAUUGUUUAACAUUAGGUGACUGUAAUUAUGUGGACUUAUAUGUGGAUCCUCUAUUCUUUUCCAUGACCUGGGUCUGCUUUGUGCCAAAACCAUUCUAUCUUUCUUACUAUGGCUCUGUAGUAUUAGUUGAAUUGAGUGUACUAUCUCCUGUAGUAUUCUUUUUGUUCGGAAUUGUUUUAGCUAGCAUUGACUUUUGUGCUUCCAUAUAAAGUUUGUAUAUAUCUGCAAUUUUGAUUGAGGUUUUGAAAGAACCUAGUGGGGAAACCCCCACUCAGCUCCCGAUUCGGCGUGUACCCAAGAAUCACGAAUAGAACACAACACCUUGAUGUAACAACACGAGGUAUUUUAAUGGCGGAGCUCCGGGUCGAAACGUAUCUCACACAGGAGACAGUGGAUUCGACCACGAGGCUUGGAAGCUAGGGGUUUUUAUAGAAAAGGAGUGGGGCUGGGGGAGGAAUUGGCACGGUUUCACAUGAUUGGUCCAUUUAAACAUCAGCAGCCUGUAACAUUUAACUUAGGUCAGAGGGGUGGGAGAUAGGGAGGCGAUGGGCCUACCCGGGCAUGUCCUGGUCUGUUCUGCUAUGUUCUCAGCCCCAGGUUUCAAAGCUCACAAACAACUCUUUGGGCUAUUUGACAUACAUCACAUGAAUCACAGGUCUCAAGUUUUAUUUCCUUUCAGUUUCAUUCAAAUUAAUAGGUUGUUCUUAGUAGAGGGGCUGUUUUCACAGUAGAUUUUCUUCCAAUCCAGUAGUGUAUAAGGUCUUUCCAUCUUCUAGAGUUUUCCUCCGUUUAUUUCUUCUGUGUCGACAUUAUCAUCCUGGAGGUCUUUCUUACCUUGCUUAUGUUGAUUUCAAAGUUGUGAGCAGAGUUGUUUUCUUAAUUUCUUUCUCAGUAUUUUUGCCGUUGGGAUAUAAAAAGGCUUUUGGCUAUUUACAUUAAUUUCUAUACUACCAUCUUUCUGAAAGUGUUUAUCAGCUUUAAUAGUUUCUCUGGUGGAAUCUCUAAAGUCUCUUUUGCAUAGGAUCAUAUCAUCUGCACAAUGUAUCAAGGAUGCAGUGACUUACUUCUUUUCCUAUUUACAUGGCACUACUUCCUUUUCUUGUCUUACUACUGCAGCUGAGACUUCAAGAAGUCUGUUGAAUAGAAGUGGAGAGAGGGAGCAGCCUGGACUUCCUACUAGUCUUAGUGGCAAUGCUUUAGGUUCUUCUCCAUUUGCAUGAUGUUGGGACUUUCUGGGGCACGAGCUUGCAAAUAAUGACACGAAGACUACAUUUAUUUAUGAAUGCCUAGAACUUAAU